UCUGCUCGGUAGUUUGUUUUUCUCGCGCUGGAAGUUGGAGCUCAGUUCGGUUGGGUUCCUCGCGCGCGGACUCAAAUGAGCUGAUCCGGACGCUCCUGGAACUCACACUGGAUAUUUAUUCCCUCUCAUCAUCUUCAUCAUCUUCACCAUCUUCAUCUGAUCUUUUACCCCCGCGCGCAUGGAUUUUACUGCGCAUUAUUAGCACGCGCAGACUUGGGAGAUAAAUAUGAGAAGGAGCUGCGCGUGCCGCCGAUCUGUUUCAGAAAGCUCAAGGUAACACCCCCGUUCGUGCGGUAGCAGCAGUGUGUAACCUGCAGAGGGAGAUGUGUUGGAGGAGUGUUUCCGUUCUUGGCCUGCUGCUGUUGCUGCUGCUGCUCCCAAUUCACCAUGCUGUCAGUUUCCCAGAGGACACCGUCCCCCUGGACACCGUGGACAGACACUACUCCCGGCAGUAUCCAGUGUUUCGGGGACGGCCGUCAGGAAAUGAAUCACAGCACCGGCUGGACUUCCAGCUGAUGACAAAGAUUCAGGACACACUCUUCAUCGCCGGCAGGGACCAAGUCUACUUAGUGAGUCUGAGGGAAUCUUACAGGAACGAGAUCAUUCCCUACAGGAAACUAACGUGGAGGUCGGGCCAGGCGGACAGAGAGACGUGUGCCAUGAAGGGAAAACACAGAGACGAGUGCCAUAACUUUAUUAAGGUUCUGGUUCCCAGAAAUGAUGAUCUCGUGUUCAUCUGCGGCACCAACGGCUUCAACCCCAUGUGCCGCUACUACAGGCUGGAUAAUCUGGAGUUUGAUGGCGAGGAAAUCAGUGGGUUGGCGCGAUGCCCGUUUGAUGCCAAGCAGACCAAUGUUGCCCUGUUUGCUGACGGUAAGCUGUACUCGGCUACAGUGGCAGACUUCCUUGCCAGCGAUGCAGUGAUUUACCGCAGCAUGGGUGACGGCUCAGCACUCAGAACCAUCAAAUACGACUCCAAAUGGUUAAAAGAACCACAUUUCCUGCAUGCAGUGGAUUAUGGGAAUCACGUUUAUUUCUUCCUCCGGGAAAUCGCAACCGAACACAACAACCUGGGCAAGGCGGUCUACUCUAGAGUAGCUCGGAUUUGCAAGAACGAUGUCGGCGGUUCUCAGCGAGUUUUGGAGAAGCACUGGACGUCGUUCGUUAAGGCGAGGCUGAACUGCUCUGUUCCCGGAGAAUCCUUCUUCUACUUCGAAGUCCUCCAGUCUGUCACCGACAUCAUCAACAUCAACGGCGUGCCGUCCGUCGUGGGAGUGUUUACUACACAGCUAAACAGUAUCCCAGGCUCGGCAGUGUGUGCCUUCUCCAUGCCGGACAUCGAGAAAGCUUUCCACGGACGCUUUAAGGAGCAGAAGACUGCGGAUUCCGUCUGGACACCUUUCCCUGAGGAGAAGCUGCCCAAGCCAAGGCCAGGCUGCUGUGCGGGUCACGGAUCAGCAGAGUCCUACAAAAGCUCCAUCGAGUUUCCGGAUGAGACGCUGCAGUUCAUUAAGUCUCAUCCGCUGAUGGACACCGCCGUGCCUUCUAUAGGAGACGAGCCGUGGUUCACCAAGACCAGAGUCAGGUACAGACUGACCGCUCUGGCAGUGGAUAACGCUGCAGGCCCCUUUAAAAAUUACACAGUAGUUUUUAUUGGCUCAGAAGGCGGAGUAGUCCUAAAGGUCCUGGCCAAGACGACCGCGCUGUCGCUCAACGAGAGCAUCCUGCUGGAGGAGAUCGACGUCUUUAACCAGGCCAAGUGUUUGUCCAGUAACGAGGACGACCGUCGCAUUCUGUCCUUUCACUUAGACAAAGACAGUCACACUCUGUUCGUGGCGUUCUCCAGCUGCGUGGUGCGAAUCCCACUGAGCCGCUGCGAGAGACACCGAACCUGCCACAAGUCAUGUAUUGCCUCCAGAGAUCCGUACUGUGGAUGGAUGCCCCACGGAGCUUGUGAGAGGAUUCCAGCAGGCGUGCAGUCUGGUUUUGAGCAGGACGUUGAAUUGGGGAACACAGCGCGACUCGGCGACUGUCAUGAGUUUUUGACUACUGCUUCAGCGCCAGAUUUCAAAUCAUAUGGCGACCCAACCUCUGACUUGGAGUUACCAGCACCGUCAGUCACGCCGUCCGCUGCUUCAGGCCACAUAGAAUCACCUCAAAGCGCUCCCUCUCUUCCACCCACACGCUUUGGCUCACGGAAAUUCGUUCUCCGAGACGACCCAGACACUUCCCAAUCGUUGCCGGGGGUGCUGGAGGGUGUUUGGGAGAUCCAGUCAGGUGACUCCAAUCAGUUGGUACACAUGAACAUCCUAAUCACAUGUGUAUUUGGUGCCUUCCUUCUGGGAGCGCUCAUCGCCGGGAUGGUCGUCUACUGCUACCGCGAUGCCUUCCUGCGCAAACCGCGCAAGAUCCACAAGGAUGCAGAGUUGGCGCCAUCUUGCACAGACUCCACAGGAAGCUUUGCCAAGCUUAACGGCCUCUUUGAAAGCCCGGUAAAGGAGUACCCACAUCCAAUGGACACACCCAAGCUCUAUUCCAGCCUACUCAAUGGAGGGAAAGAGGUCCCACCAUCCCCUGAUGCCAAGACCAUGAUCCUCAGUGGGCAGAAUCCGGAUUUGACAGCUUUACCCACUCCAGAAUCCACACCAGUGCUUCAGCAAAAGAACCUGCAGCCGGUCAAAAACCAGUGGGAAAGGUCUCAAGGGAAGCCUGGGCGCAAAGACUGUCCGCCCAAGAGCCCACAGUACCUUCCGUCCAGCUCUCCUACAUACCCAGUGCUGGGGAACCAUCAAAUCCCAAGUGCUGUGGUGCUUCCCAACGCCACACACGAGCAUCGGGCAUCCAGUCCGGAUGGUCCGCGGCCAGAGAAGAAGGUUCAGAACGGCGAACAUCACGGCUCUAAAUCAGGCCGCAAAGAACACAGACGUUCAGUGGAUGCUAGGAACACACUGAAUGACCUUCUGAAGCACCUGAAUGAGAGCAACAGCAACCCCAACAACACUGCCAAGGGCAUCAUGGUAGAGGUACCACGUUCUCGGCAACACUUGAUGCUUGAGCCCUUGGGCAACGUAGCAGAAAUCCCGCCCAAGGUCCCGAGUCGGGAAGCAUCUCUCUAUUCACCGUCCUCUUCACUGCCCAGGAACAGCCCGACCAAGCGGGUGGAUGUACCGUCCACACCCACCUCACCCACGGGGCAACCAGGUGGUACGCUGGAGAGACAGCGGUACCACCGAGGAUCUUCUCAGCGCCACUCAAUCUCAUCACCUCCAAAAGGAUUACACUCGCCCAACGGGAUGAUGAUGACCCGCCAGCCCAGCUUCAGCAGGGGCAGGUACGUGCCGCCAAUGCCACCCUCGAGACUGGACUCCCACGGGGUGCCAAUUGGCAUGACGCCCUCGUUGUCUCGGCAGAGCAGCUACAGUGGGCACGGCUCUCUGCCUCGGACAAGCGUAAAACGGACAGCAUCGCUAAAACCGGAUGUGCCGCCCAAACCGAACGGCUUCGUGCCACAGACUGCUCAAAUGAGGGUUGUGAACAAAUACAGCUACUGAUUGCGCUCCUGUUUUUUUUUUUGUGAGCCAGUUAACAAUGUCAACAAGGACACUGGAAGUAAAGGAAAGAAAAGCUUUUCAGCCUUUCGAGGGUCCAGACGUAAAAGUUUACGGACGUCCUCUGGCUGAAUGCUUUUCCGAAAGGUCGGUUACUCCGUGAUUGGGACACUGGAAGUACACAAAUAAGCUUAUUGGCCUUAGGAGGGUCUGUAAUCAUGAACGUUUCUGGGUGUCCUCUUGGGAAAGAGCGUGGCAGAGCCAUAGAGACUGGCUCUCGCUGACUUUAUUUCACACAGGAGACGAGCCACAGCGUUCUCUGACCUGUCAAGGCGGCCGGCUCGUCUGAGGUCGGAGCAGAGCAUCCGCAUCGGACUCUUUUUGAGUUGUGGGAAUACUUGAAGAAAGCCUCUCGUUCCUCCACUCCACCCUGCAGAGUCCUGCUCUCCGCAAACCGAGCAGAAAUGAGGACGGCAGCGGUAGAAAGAGGGGAAUUUUGUGCAUUAGGCAAAAAAAAAAUGUUUUAAAGAAGACAAAACUGUGGAGGGCGUCCAUGUGAGAGAACAUGCUUUAUGCUUUUAGCUGCGUCCAGGGGAGGGACGUAGACUUAGCGCAGACUUUCCUUUUCUGAGGACUAGCCUCUGGGGUUGAGAACAGACUGCAUUCAGCGCUCACACAAAAAGGAUGCACUUACAGCUGGCCUCUCUCCAGCUGCAGUCAUUGCCGUCAUAAAACUAAAAACCCAUUUCAGGGUACGUUAACAUCACACUUGUGUAUGUGUGAGUGUGUGCGUGAGUGUGUGCGUGAGAGUGUGUGGGAGUGUGAGAGUGUGAGUGGGGCUGUAGAGGCAGAUAUUAAUCAAACCAUUCUCUGUGCAGAGGAAGAGUCCAGGGUGCCUACUUGGACAUCGUUUUUUAAUUUCUAAACUCACUGAGGAAAAUCUUUUCCACAAAACAAGACUUUUUGCUGCUAUUGGGAUAGAUGAAAACUGAAAAUUGUUGUGCAUGUCGAGUGCUUUCAUCAGCUCGGCCCGAGUCGCCCCCUUGCCCCGGGCUGCGUUCGCAGGUUCGGUCCAUUUGCGCUUGAUCUCGUUGGUCCGGUACGGCAUUUUGUCUCACGCCAAUUGGGCCCAUGGAGACACAUAGAGAAGCCUGUAGACUUAGGAAGCACUGCAUAAAUCUCAUACAGUCUCUCUCUGCCGUGCUCGCUUGCUUACUUGUUCGCUUCACAACUCAAAUGGAUUUCUGUUUUUCCCCCAAAUAUCAAUGCUGUUGAUUUGCUAGAGCCUUGUUAUUUUCAUGUUUCUCUGAAUCAGACUAUAGACACCUUUAUGGAAAAAAAAAAAAAUGCGUCCAACAUUUAUGCCCAUGCCAUAGCUCCCUAUAGGUUAUUUUAGAGAUCAAUAAAAGGUAACCCUAUCCUAUCCCAUAUUGUCCUUAAAGUGCUAGAUUUGGUCCAGUGUAGAAACACCUCAUGGUAAUUGUAUUAGCUAUGAUAUUAACCUAUUAAACUGGCACAAAAUUGCACAUUCCACCUGGCUGGCAAGGUGCAGCGUGUCCAUGUCGCUCAGUACAGGCCAAAUACACUGUCUUGGUCCACACAGAUGUUAAAAAAAACGCUCCUGAAAUGCCGCCAGAGGGUGCAGGGGCCAGGAUGCCUCAGCCAUUAAAACGACUGUCACGAUUAAUCGUAGUAACAGCUACCAAUGUGUCCUACAAAGUCAUGCCGGUAAUGACGUUAUUGUAAAUAUAUAAAUAUAUAAAUAUGGAUAUUUCAGAGGCAAGUGUACCUGGGUUUGUGUAUUCUGUGCCUUAUUAAAAGACUCGUCAACGGUUACCAUUGUUUUAAUUUCAUUCAUGAAGCAAUCAUUGCACACUUUUCUUUUUUUUUUUUACAUCACAGUAUGGUAACCAUACUUACCAGGGCGAAGUACAAAUGGGAACGAUACAUUAAACAAAGCGAUACAGAGCUCGUCGUUCACUAAAGGAUUUUAAAUUUCAAGAAUUAGAGAAUGUAUUCAGACACUGGGAUGUACAGUUUCAUGCUGCAAAACUACCCUCAUAUACAUAUAUAUAUAUAUAUAUACAUUUUUUUUUUUUCUUUUCAAAUUUUUUCCAUUUUCUCCCCAAUUUACACGGCCAAUUACCCCACCCACUCAUUCGGACUCCCUCUAUCACUAGUGAUGCCCCAACACCCCAGACUUGCACAUGCUUCCUCUGAUACAUGUGAAGCCAGACACCGUUUCUUUUCGAACUGCUGCUGAUGCAGCAUUGCCGAGCAGCCAGCAAGCGCAGCGGCUCGGUUCCGAUACAUCAACUCACAGACGCCCUGUUCUGAUCAACAUCACCCUAGGAGUGAUGUGGGGAGAGAGCGUCAUCUACACACCUGGAGGGAGCAGGGCCAAUUGUGCUCCCUCUGAGCGCCGGCAGCUUGAUGGCAAAGCUGCAUGAGCGGGGGUUCAAACCUGCGACCUCCCGGUCAUAGUGGCAGCUGCUGGACCACUCGGCUCCCUACCCUCACCAUGUUUAACGUUUCACACCCAGAAUUAGCGUCUCAACAGUAUUGAAAAAAUUAGGCCUUUUUUACAUUCAAUUCACUUAAAGACUUAAAGAGAUGCCCUCGUGUCUCGCGUGUCGUUCCCAGGAUGAUCCUGCAGGGCUGACGCCGUGGGUUUGUUUACAUGCAGUGAUUGUAUUUGAGUAACUGCCCGCCCCUGCUCCACUGCCUUGUAUAUUGCAAUAUGAACCUGUUUUUUUUUUGUUUUUGUUUUUCUGUUGCAAUUUAUAAACGAAGCCUUCACAUUUCAGCCAACUGUCCCACGUGCAACUCUACCUACAUUGUUAUUCGUUUUGUUUUUUUUUUCAUUUUCAGGUUGUUUUUUUUUUUUUUUUAAUACUGUGCAAAACUGGGACUUCAUUUUUUAGUUUUUUGUUUGUUUGUUUUCCUCAGAAUAUUUUAUUGUGUAGAUACGUUGCAAAAACAGUACUGUGAACAUGUAAAUAAUACCAUCAUUGUUAAGGAUAUUUUUGUUGAUUUUUUUUAACACGGCAUGUAUAGUUGAAAUAAAAUAUUACUGCACAUAAAAA